AUAAUGUCAAAAAUACUACCAGAAACAUUUUACUUGAAGAUGAUGAAGGAAAAGAUAAACUAGACGAUGCGAAUGUUAAUAAUGAUGGAAAAUUGUCGAAACAAGAACUCGAAAAAGAUAAUGGAAAAUUAAAUGAAGACUGCUCAGAUAACAGCGAUGAAAUAACAGUAGUUAAAAAGAAUAAUGAAAUAAUAGAUCUAGACUGUGCCUGUGAAGAUUGGUUAAACAAAGUAAGUAAGUUCAGAAGGAUGAAUAAAAAAGAACUUGUGAAAGUAAAAACAUACCUACCUGAAUUAAAAGAACUUGAUACUAUUGCUAUUUAUGAUGAAGCUCAUGAUUGUUAUUCCUUUGGAAUUAGAAUCAAGAAGGAUGAAGACACAAUUAAGGGUAGAAAAACAAUGUGUGAAUGGGCCCUGAAACCAGUGAGAAGAAAUAAAAUAGCAAACGAUGAAAAUUGCCAACCUGAAGGACCUCUUAUCCUGAAAUCUGAGACCAAUCAAGUGGUCAAAGUCAAAUCUAGUAGACUAGAAGGAAAAUCAUGGGAAUCAGAAAAGCAAAAGCAAGACAAAGAAAAAAAUAGUCAGAAAGAGUUAUUUAAACCAAACACCCAAGAGAAACCUAAGACAAAAGAGCCAGAACUAAUGCCAAUAGAAAGAAAGUCAUCAACAGAAAAAGAGGCUAAUAAAAUCGAAACAUGUGAAUCAAAACCUAGGAAGUUAAUACAAGAAGAAAGAAGGUUAAUUCGUAAGGACAUUGAUAAACCUAACCUCAGAGAAACCACAAUGCAGAUCGAGCCAGAGCCACUGCCAAAGAAGAAAGAUAAUGAUGUAGAAAGAAAACCUAACAAAAAUGAUGA